AUAUACAUCAAAGCACCGGUUCUGCUUCCUUUCUGCCCAACUGCCAGCUUGCUAAUUGAUGUUUCUGCAAGCUGUUCAAAGAACCACUCCUGCAACAGCUUUACCGGAUCUCUUUGGUGCAUAGCAGAUCCGCACCUGUUGACAAAUUAAGAUGGUAGACCACGCUCGUGAGGAAACGUGGAUUGUCAACAUAAGAAAUCGACUAGAUGAACAGUUCGCCGAUCUAACUAAACUAAAGCCCGCAUUAGCGGCUCUAGACACCAGCAAGGACAAGCCAUCAAUAUACUGGACUGGUAGCCAUCCCGAAAGGUUUCCUGUCGGUAUCCUCCUCCUCAAGAGCUCGGGCAAUGUGGCUGAAAAGGACCACAUGUGGGAAUAUGUUGCGUUUAUGACCAGAUGGCUCGGUCUCGACGUGACUUUGUUCCUUAGAUACAUGAAGGAGAGGGAAGAUCUAGUCAAGAGCUACUAUCACUCCGGCGGUGAGGAUUAUCAGAGGUACUUUGUUUUUAGAGAAAGCAACGCUCUCCAGGAGUCAUUGCUGAUCGCCGGUUGCUUUUUAGCUACUGCGAUUCUCUUGUUGCAGAAGGUCCGGAAUGGUGCCGAAAUUCUACGAGGGUCCAGAGGUAACAAUAGUGAUCCAGCAGAUCAAAGGUCCCUGCAAUUUUCAAUUCUAUACCAAAGAAUAAUGAAAGAUCAGAUAAAGACCAAAAUCGACAUGUUGCGCAUCAGAAACCAGAUUCCGUGGUUUGUUGUCGAGGCUGUAUUUGCACAUUCAAGCUUAAGCGGGCUGUUUGGUGCCACCCGCAUCGACAGACUAGCAAUGUCGUGUUUUGAUGAUCUCUACCCUAGAGUGAACAAAUCCAAGGUUAAGGGCGGCAACCUCCCAUCCGGCGGCUUCAAACAUCUACUGCACAUCUUCCAUUGGACCCGGACACCCGAAGAAGAAGGCAGGUGGCUGGUGCAUACAAAACCCGAACAAGAGCAGCAGCCUGCAAAACGGUUUGCGGAGUUUUACAUUCCUAAUGCAAUGAACUUGCUUGAAUCCGCAACUAGUUUUAAACGGCUCGACAGUAGCUCGAUCGAUGUGGAAUACUCUAACAAGAGAAUAUCAGCACUUAUGCAAGUAACACCCCUGCACUUGUUCUCAUACAGCUACGAAAUAUUCUGCCAGCUUCUGAACUUUGAACAGCGGUACCCGGCGUAUGGGCUUCCCGUGACAGCCCAUUUCGCAUGUAUGAAAAGCCUAUUACAGACCAAAGAAGAUGUUAAACUAUUUCAGAAGAAAGGCAUUGUGAACAUGAUGAAGGGGGAAGAGAAUGUUCUGAACUUUCUAUACAACGUAGGGUGUUUCUUGGUGGAUGAAGUAAGAGCCAGCAUACCCGAUGACCUCGACAGCCUAUCGGAAAAGGUGAUCGAGCAUCAUGAAAGAGAUGUCAGUAUAGCGUACUCGGAGUUCAAGAGCCAGUUCUGCCCCAACCGAUGGGUGAUCAUAUCGGUCCUCGCCGCCAUCACUUUGUUCGUGCUGACAUUUAUUCAGACAGUAUACAGUGCACUUGCCUAUUACAAAGGUUCUUGAUCGUGCUGCUAGACACCACCGCGACUGGCCACUACUCUUCGGUUGAUUCCGGCAGCACAGCUUGCCUUUUCGGUUACUUUUUAUAUAUUGUUCAUCAUGAAUUGUUUGUGUGGGAUUUUUCUUUAAUCUGAAUUGUCAUCCUGGUUCGGUUGUAAGCAUUCGGAACUUUGAUGGCUGAGACCGGAUUCAUUUCCUUAAUCUAAAAAAAGAAUUGUCAUCC